ACAAUUCUUUACGUACGACUAAUGGGCCACCAAUACCAUCAUCAUCAUCAUCAUCAUCAUCGUUAUCAUCACAGCAGCCAACACCACCAUCAAUAAUGACCAUAUUAUUACGAUUAUAUAAAAUUUUCUUAUGGAUUACACAGAUAUCACGAUUGACAAUAUUGUUGAUGAAAACAUUGGCUGGUCCAUUGUGUGCGGCAAUACGACCGGGUCGUAAGAAAAAUGUUGAAAAUAAAGUCGUACUGAUUACUGGUGCUGGUUCAGGUUUAGGACGUGAAAUGGCAAUUAAAUUUGCUGAAUGUGGUGCCAUUACCAUAUUGUGGGAUAUUAAUGAGACAACAGUAAAACAAACAGCCGAAAUGAUUGAAGAAAUUGUCAAUUCAAUUCAUUAUCAUUAUCAUCAUAAUUCGUCCAAACAAUUGACAUCAUGGUCUGUUGUUGAUGUUGGUGAUGAAAAUCAAGUUGCACAAGCAGCUCAAAAAUUACGAAAUCAAUUUGGUGAUGUUGAUAUUUUGGUCAAUAAUGCCGGUAUUGCACCAUGUGAACCAUUUAAAAAUUUAAAAUCUGAAAAAAUUCGUGAAAUAUUUGACGUGAAUAUUAUGGCACAUUUUUGGACUGUUAAACAAUUUUUACCGGCCAUGGAAAAGAAUAAUUCCGGUCAUAUUGUGGCCAUAGCUUCAUCCGCUGGAAUUAUGGGAAGUCCAUAUUUUACAGCUUAUGGUGCUAGCAAACAUGCUGUUGUUGGUUUCAUGAAAUGCUUGUAUGAAGAAUUGGAUGAAAAUUCACAGAUUCGUUUGACAACGGUUUGCCCAUUAGGUAUCAGCGGUACCGGUAUCGAUAUUCCGACAAAAACACGUUUUCCAUGGUUAUUACCGGUAAUGCCAUUAGAAUAUGCUGUUGGAUUGAUAUUCGAUGCUAUAUUACGUGAAGAGGAACUUUUUGUUGUGCCCAAAACAUUUAAAUGGAUACAUAGACUUCUUAGUAUAUUUCCACAAAAAAUGGCCAGCACCAUAUGGAAAUGUUUGGAUUAUUCAGUCGUACCGACGGGUCUUUAUGCACCGAUUGGCCGUGCACAUUAUCAUGAUCGUAUAUAUCGAAAAUUAUCAUUAGCCAAUGGCUAUGUUCAUCAUAAUAAUCACCACCAUCAUGGCAGUACACAUCAACAUGGUCAAACAAAUCAAAUUAACAAUAAUAAUAAUCAUCAUCAUUCAUCAUCACCAUCAUCAUCGAAUUUAUCAUCGUCAUCCCCUCCACAUCGUCCAAGUCGUUCAUCAUCGUUUCGUUAUUGAUCGAAUCGUUUUUUUUUUUACUUCGAACUUAACGGAUAUAUAAAAAAUGUUCGA